ACAACCGCCAGCGUCGUCGUCGUCGUCGUUGUUGGCGACGCGAAUCUUAUCAUUCUCAAAGGAGAAUGGCUGUAUAUUCGCGGCAGCGAGUAUCACACAGCCUUCAGUAGGAAGAUGAUAGAGGGCCAGGUGCAUCAACAUCCGGUACGAGUGCCGCCCGACAAGUCGCAGCCGCUCCAAAAUGCCAAUACCAUCAAGUUCGAAAAUGAGCAAUGUAAGGAGCCUCUGCUUCUGGAGAAGCAGAACUCCCACAGGAUGACACCAACUGAUGGUCGCUCGCGGACCACAUCCGAGUCAAAGGAUACCACGACCACCUCCACCACUACCGUCAGCACCGCAACAACCACUAAUGGACAAGCGGCAGCUGCGAAUACCACCGGUGGACACGCCACCGAUGACUGCCUUGAGGUAACCAUCUUUGACGAGGGCAUCGACGGUGGCCGACUGCCGGACGUCGUUGCCGAAAGCAAGAUCUACGGCGUGACUGAAGAGGAUGAGCCGCUCGAGUCGUACUUGGCGAUUACCAUCCAGGUCUUUAUACCCUUCCUUAUCGCCGGUCUGGGCAUGGUGGGCGCCGGAUUAGUCCUCGACCUUGUCCAACACUGGGUAGUCUUCGAGAAAGUCAAUGAGCUCAUGAUUCUGGUACCGGCGCUUUUAGGGCUGAAAGGUAAUCUAGAAAUGACUCUGGCGUCGCGUCUCUCUACUCAAGCGAAUCUCGGACAUAUGGACAUGCCAAAGGAGCAAUGGCACAUGAUCAUAGGGAAUCUCGUUUUAAUACAAUGUCAAGCGAUAGUGGUGGGAUUCUUGGGUUCCGUGGUGGCGAUCGUGAUGGGUGCCUUCCGGAACGGCACGGUUUCCCUGGACCAUGCCUAUCUACUGUGCGCCAGCAGUCUGGUCACUGCUUCCCUCGCUUCCUUCGUUCUGGGCCUUAUUACGGCGGGUGUCAUCGUCUUUUCCCGUCAUUGCCAUAUCAAUCCGGAUAACGUGGCCACGCCGAUAGCCGCCAGUCUCGGUGAUAUUACGUCGUUGGCUCUUCUUUCAUGGAUUGCCACCAUACUCUAUGAAUGCAUAGACAAGCAGGACUGGGUGGCACCUCUUGUCAUAGCCUGUUAUGUCCUCGUGACGCCGCUCUGGGUGUGGAUUGCCAAGAAAAACAAAUAUACCAACGAUGUGCUUUACUUCGGCUGGACGCCGGUCAUGGUAGCCAUGUUAAUCAGCAGUUGCGGCGGUCUUAUAUUGGAAUUUAUGGUGUCGCGCUUCGAGAACCUGACGGUGUUCCAACCGGUUAUCAACGGCGUCGGCGGAAACCUGGUGGCCGUCCAGGCCAGCAGGAUAUCAACGGCGCUUCACAAACAAGCCGAACUCGGCACGCUUCUAAUCCCACCAGGCCACACACAUCCUGUCAUCUUCAUUACCCCAAUUGCCAAUUUUUUCGGGAAAGGUAUGCACGCUAGAACCACGAGAGUCUUGAUGACAAUGGUGAUACCGGGCCACGUCAUUUUCAUUUACCUAAUCAAUUAUAUGAAGGACGGUAACACAUCGAUGACGCCGCUCUUCGUCUUUGUUUACCUCUGCGCAGCGAUGCUGCAGGUCGCAGCUCUCCUUUACAUUGCUUACAUAAUGAUCCAUUGGAUGUGGAAGCGAAAGAUCGAUCCCGACAAUUCGGCGAUUCCAUAUUUGACCGCGAUGGGUGACUUGCUCGGAAUCAGCCUGCUGGCUAUUGCCUUCCAAUUUCUGUACCUGGUCGGAGAUCAAGAUUUCGACGCACCCUGACAGUAGAAGUCGCAAAUUAUAGCGUUCUCCGGCAAGCGGGACGCACAAGUUAGAACUGUCGGACCGAAAGGGCAUUCCUACGAGGCUGUGGUCGUCUGAAAGUAUA